AAAGAAAUUCCCCGCCACUUUUUCCUUUCCGCCUUCUGCAUAUGCCUGGACAAUCUCUCUCUCUCUCUCUCUCUCUCUCUCUCUCUCUCUCUCUCUCUCUCUCUCUCUGAGCACUCAAGCUGUUCCACCCACCAUGGCAAAACUAAAGCUCCUUCAUUGUCGCCUGAUGCUUCUUCUGUCCUUCUUCUUCAUCCACACGCUAGCGAAGUCCACCAUAGAGCCGUGCAGCGUUUCGGACUCCUGCACGGCCAUGGUGGGCUACACCCUCCCCACCGACCUUAAGGUAUCGGAGGUGGCUACCCUCUUCCAGGUCGAUCCCAUUUCCCUCCUCUCCGCCAACGCCUACGAUCCUUCCUCCUCCCCACCAAGUCGUAUCCUUCCCGCCGGCCUGUUCCUCAAGGUCCCCCUUCUCUGCUCCUGCGUCGAUGGCAUCCGCAGCGUCGCCUCCGUCGUCUACCACGCCCGCGCUUCCGACACCCUCGAGUCCAUCGCCACCUCAGUCUACGGCUCCCUCGUUUCUGCAGACCAGAUCCGCGACGCCAACGGCAUCGCCGACCCUGAGCUCAUUCUUCUCGGCCAGCCCCUCCGCAUCCCCCUUCCUUGCUCCUGCUUCAACCGCUCCGACAACGGCCUCCCGGCCAUCUACCUCUCCUACGUCGUUCGGCCGGCCGAUACGCUCAUGGAGAUUGCCACCACAUACAGCACGACGCUAUCGGAUCUCAUGGCCGUCAAUGCCUUGGGUGGCCCCGUACUCAAGCCGGGGGACAUUCUCGCCAUCCCCUUGGGUGCUUGUAUUCCUCGAUUCUCGAGGUUCGCUUCGGACGCUGGAUUGAUGGUUGCAAACGGGAGUUACGCUAUUACUGCUGACCACUGUGUUCAAUGCAGUUGCGGACCUGUUAACAUGAAUCUCUUCUGUGCGCCGGCCUCACUGGGCGCUUCAUGUGAAAGUAUGCACUGCAGGAGAAGCAACCUCACAGUUGGAAGUGUUACCUCUCGGCUAACCAGCGCAGGCUGCAACGUCACCUCCUGUACUUACGGUGGUUUUGUUAACGGCUCCGUUCUAACUACCUUGUCAACAUCUCUCCAGCCACGGUGCCCAGGCAAUCGGUCGUCCCUGUCUCUUUUGCCCCUGCCUUCAGUAUUACCUGUAUCUGCACCAGCACCAUCCCCCCCACCAUCUCAAGCAGGCGAAUUUGCACCAUUGGCAGCACCUUCAUCAUCGUCUUCAACAACGGAAUCACUUCCGGUGGUGGUUCCGGCAGUCAGCCCAUCAGGAACCAGGUCUGAUACUUCGUCAGUGACUCACUCAGCAGGUCCCUCUUCAGUGGUUCUGAUUCUACAUAUGCUGACAUGUUUUUUCACCUAGAUGUCCCUAUGACGUUUGCCUCCAACAGAACGUCAGGUUUGUGUUGUUCAUUCAGCAACUUUUUUGUUAGUUGAUUUUGAUACUAAGAUGGAAAUGGAACUAUUUGCAAAUUGGAUCAGCC